AUGCGGGCGGACAUGGAAAAGGCAGCAGAUUCUGAGAGAACUCUGAAACUUCUCGAGGUGUUUGCAGUGAAUAGCGUUGCAACUCCACGGGGUGGAAGUGGCCUAUACCUACGCUGCAGUCGUGCCAACCACAGCUGUCGGCCCAAUGGAUUCUUUCGUGUCAGCAAGGAUGGACACCUGGCACUGGUGGCCAGGAGAGCUAUCUCUGCCGGAGAGGAGGUCACCAUUUCGUACCUCCCCGAGUCUGAGCUUCUUCAGCCCUUGGCGCGGCGCCAGCGCUCCCUGACGCGCUUCGGGUUUCAGUGUCGUUGCGAGCGUUGCUGCGCCGACGACCUUCGGAGCUUUCGCUGCACGUGCCAGGCCCUCGUGGAGUACAGAGACGGUGGAUGGCAGUGUGACUGCGGGCUUCGCUAUUCGGAGGAGGAGAUUCAACAAGUGGAGGACUGGGUUUGA